AAAAUAUCACGCUUUUAAUCUGUGUUCGUAGAUACACUUAUAAAAUAAAUACACUCAACCACGUGAUUCGCAACCGGGACUGUCUCUUUAAAAUAUAUGUAUUGUUGUCGUCUGCUUAUUUGUCAGAUUAAUUACAAUAAAAUUAAGUAGACAAAUGUUUCCAUACAAAUUUGAUGUAAACAAAAAUCUCAAAUCAAGCAAUGGAAGAUCUCAGUUAACAGAAACGUGAUGUAAUUAAUAAUUUUUUCCCCAUAAAUAUUAUACAUUGCUUCAUAUUUGAUCAUUUCACAGCGGUUUGGUUCUCCUCUAAAAAAAUUAUGACUGUCAAUUGGAACUGGUUAUGUGGUCCGCAUUUUGCCAUUUGGGAUGGACAUAUUUUUGGUCGUUGUUUCCGACAAAUGACCAUAAUUUUUCCUGCAUAUGCUCUUUUUUUAAUUGUUUGUACAUAUUAUAUUGGAAAAAGAAAUGGUUGUUAUUUAAGAAUAUAUCAUCAACUUUGGGUUAUAAACUGUAGGAUAUUUCUUUCAGUUUUACUUAUAAUAUGCUGUGUUGUAAGAUUUUCAAUUCGUUACAUGAUUGCACAUGUGCAAUUAAGAGGAAUGGACUAUUUACAAGUUUUUAUAAUAAUAAUUGCUUGGAUUGUACAUAUUUUAUACUUACAUAUCUUGAAGACAAGAUUAACUCCUCAUUCAAGAGGUCCAUUAAUAGUAAUAAUAUGUUGGAUUUUAACUUUAGCAGUCACAGUUUUAGAUUUACGAGCAAGUGUUAUGACUAGCACUGACACGUUAGAAGUUUUAACUGAAAGAUACAGUAUAGGUUCUAGUACUGGAUUACAAAUACUGUAUGGUCUAACUUUACUAUUUUCUAAUACUGUAGAAUCCUCAGCAUAUGAAGAAUUUUCUAGAAUUGCACAUGAAACUGAACCUCUUCUUUCUGGAAAUAUUGUACGAUAUGAUAGUUUUCAAGAGGCUAGAGAUCCUCACUCACUUGGUAUUGCAGCUGAAAAUUCUAGUAUUAUAUCAAAGUUAACUUUAUUUUGGAUUAAUAAAAUGAUGUCAAAAGGAGCUAAAAAUCUUUUAAAAACUACUGAUGAUCUCUUUGAUUUACCACAUUCAAUGAAAAGUAGUAAUGUAGAUGCUAAAAUAACAUCAUUUCUGCAAAGAAUAUGUUUUAAGGAAGUGAAUGAUGAAACUUGUUCAACUACUUCAUCUAAUGACACUAAAUUGUAUAAACAUAAUCUUCUUAAAGCAUUACAUUAUUGUUUUGCAACUGAAUAUUAUUUUCUUGGGAUAUUAAAAAUUGUUUCAGAUGCCUUAAAUUUCUGUGGACCAUUACUACUAAAUUAUUUAGUUUCAUAUUUAGAAGAAAAAAAUGAAUCCAUAUCAUUGGGAUGUUAUUAUGCUGCUGGUCUAUUUGGAGUAACACUACUAAAUUCUUUUUGCAGUACUCAUUUCAGUUAUCUUAUAAAUUGUGUUGGUUUAAAAAUUCGAGUAUCACUGAUUACUGCAGUUUAUCGAAAAAUAUUAAAUGUAAAUAAAUCUACUCUUUCUAAAUUUAAUAGUGGAGAGAUUGUUAAUUUUAUGAAUACAGAUACUGAUAGAGUUGUAAAUUUUUGCCAAAGUUUUCAUGAAGUUUGGAGUUUACCUUUACAAAUAGCUAUUGCUUUAUUUUUACUAUAUAAUCAAGUUGGAAUUGCUUUUGUUUCUGGUGUAGUAUUUGCUGUAUUAUUAGUGCCAAUAAAUCAAAAAAUUGCCAGUAAAAUUGGGAAAUUAAGUGAACUUAUGAUGGAGAAAAAGGAUGAAAGAAUAGUAUUUAUGAAAGAAUUACUGACUGGAAUUCGUGUUAUAAAAAUGCAUUAUUGGGAAGAUGUAUUUGCAUCUAAAAUUACAAAGUUUAGAAAAGAAGAACUAAAAUAUCUUAAGAAAAGAAAAUAUCUAGAUGCAUUCUGUGUGUAUUUUUGGGUUAUUACACCUCUUGUAAUUGCUGUUUUAACAUUCAUGACUUAUGUUCUUCAAGGAAAAACUUUGACAGCAGCCAAAGUAUUUACUUGUCUUGCUUUAUUCAACAUUCUUAUUUUACCACUAAAUGCAUUUCCUUGGGUUUUGAAUGGACUUAUGGAAGCUUGGAUAUCUUUAACUCGACUUGAAAAAUUUAUGGGCACCUCAAGUUUUGAUUCAGAAAAUUAUUAUUCUUCUAUAAAAGAUCCAAUGAAUAGAAUAGAAGUGUGUGAAGGAAACUUUGCAUGGGUUCCAAAAUCUUCAAAUAUGCCAAUCCAGGUUAGAAGUGAAAGUCUUCAAGAUUUGACAGUGCAUUCCAGUGAAAUCAGUUCAUUUAAAUUAGAAUCUAUUAAUUUUAAUGCUAGAAAGGGUCAGUUGAUUGGUGUUGUUGGAAGAGUUGGAUCUGGAAAAUCUACACUUAUAUCUUCAAUUAUUGGUGAUGUGAUUAAAACUGAAGGAACCAUUGCUAUAAUGGAGGAAGAUUGUCAGUAUGGAAUAGGUGUAGUAUCACAAGAACCUUGGAUACAACAAACUACAAUUCAAAAGAACAUUUUAUUUGGAAAGUCAUUUAAUUUUAAUAGAUAUAAGAACGUUUUAGAAGCUUGUGCUCUUGUAGAUGAUUUAAAGACAUUUCCUGCUGAAGAUGAAACAGAAAUAGGAGAUCGGGGAAUCACACUUAGUGGAGGUCAAAAAGCAAGAAUUGCUUUAGCAAGAGCUGUUUAUCAGGAUUUUGAUUUGUACCUUUUGGAUGAUCCAUUUUCAGCAAUUGAUACCAACGUUUCAAAUCAUAUUUUUAAAAAUUGCAUUAUAAAUCUUCUAAAAAAUAAAACCAGAUUACUUUGCACUCAUCAUGUCCACUUUCUUUCUUAUGCAGAUUACAUUAUUAUUUUAGAUGGAGGUCAUAUUAUAUUAGAAGGUGUACCAGAAAAAGUUCUUCAACUUGAUAUAGUCCGUCCAAUUUGUUGUGAGGAACAAUUUCCUGCUAUUAAUGAUAAAAAUAAAUUAGAAAAUAGUAUGCAAGAAUUGGAAAAAUCAGAAGACCAUGAUUUUUCUACUGCACAAGAUGGCAAAAUACAAGGAGGACAAUUAAUUCGAAAAGAAGAAAGCAGUCAAGGAUCAGUGAAAUUUCAUGUUUAUAAAUCAUAUUGGAAUGCAGUUGGAAGUUGUCUUUCAUUUUUUGUUUUGCUUUCUUUUUUCUUCAUGCAAGCUUCUAGGACAAUGGCAGAUUGGUGGCUGUCGGUUUGGAUAUCUUGCGAUUCAAACCAUAAUGGAAAUAACUCCAUAAAUAAUUUUACAAUUCUUUGGGAAUUCUGGUCAGAUAGGAUGAAUCUGACUUUUUCAUCAGAUCAAGGAUUAUGUUUUGAUGGAGGAUCAAGAAUAAAUGGUUCAAAUAUUUAUCUGAUUAUUUAUGGUUCCUUGGUAAUAAUAAACUCAAUUUUUACACUGUUGAGAGCAUUCUUAUAUGCUUACUGUGGUAUAUGCGCUGCUGUUGUUAUUCAUAGAAGAUUGCUCAAUAGUAUACUUAAGGCUCCGAUUACAUUUUUUGAUGUCACUCCUUUAGGUCGAAUAUUAAACAGAUUUUCUACAGAUGUGUACAAUGUAGAUGACAGUUUACCAUUUAUUCUUAAUAUUUUACUUGCUCAAAUUUUUUCACUUGCUGGGUCUUUAACUAUUACAUGUUAUGGACUUCCAUGGCUAAUUAUUUUGCUAAUUCCUCUGGCUGCUGCAUAUUACUUUAUACAGAAUUAUUAUAGAUGUACAUCAAGAGAAUUAAAAAGGUUAUCAAGUGUUUCACUUUCUCCUGUUUAUACACACAUUUCUGAAACAUUAAAUGGGCACACAGUCAUAAGAGCAUUUUGUGCAUCUUCCAGAUUUCAGCAUGAACUAUCAGAAAAACUGGAUAAAAAUCAGCAAGCAAGACUUGCUACUAUGCUUGCUUCACAAUGGCUUAAUCUUAGGCUUCAACUAAUUGGAGUUGUUAUAGUUACUGGUGUUGCUUUUAUAGCAGUAUUUGAACAUUCUGUUUCUUCUGUUGAUCCAAGUCUUGUUGGACUUGCAUUAUCUUAUGCUUUAUCAGUUACUGGUUUACUCAGUGGAGUAGUAACAUACCUGACUGAAACUGAAAAAGAAAUGGUUAGUGUUGAACGCACAAUGCAAUAUAUUGAUGGUAUCACUCCAGAAACUACAGAUGGAUUCGAACAGAUACCAUUUGGAUGGCCUACACAUGGUGUUAUAUCUUUCAGUAAUGUAUCCUUACAGUAUCGCAGGAACUUGCCAUAUGUACUUAAAAAUGUAUCAUUUGAAACACUCCCUGGAGAAAAAUUAGGCAUAGUGGGCAGGACUGGUUCUGGAAAAUCAAGUUUACUUCAAGCAUUGUUUCGUUUAAUUGAAAUUGAUGAAGGUGAAAUUUAUAUUGAUGGAGUGAAUACUGCAUUUCUGAGUUUGAAGGAUCUUAGAUCUCAUUUAUCUAUAAUACCUCAAGAUCCAUUUCUAUUCAAUGCUUCUGUAAAAGAGAAUUUAGAUCCAAAAGAAUGCUUUUCAGAAACUGAGUUAUGGAGAGCAUUACAUCGUUGUCACAUGGAAGAUGAGAUUAAAAGAUUAGGAGGUUUGAAUAUUUCCAUUGGUGAAGGAGGUCAAAUAUUUAGUUCUGGACAAAAACAACUUUUAUGUUUAGCUCGAGCAAUUUUAUGUAAAACAAAGGUACUUUGUUUAGAUGAAGCAACAUCUAAUAUUGAUUAUGAUACUGACUCCCUUAUUCAGAAAACAAUAAAAUCAGCAUUUGCACAAACAACGAUAUUAACAAUCGCACAUCGAAUAGAAACUGUAAGGAAAUGUAAUCGUGUUAUUGUGAUGAAACAUGGUGAAAUUGUGGAGUUUGAUAAUCCAACCAAACUUUUAGAAAAUCCUAAUUCAUAUUUUUCACAAUUAGCUGUAAAUAGCAAUAAUUUUUAGUAUAAGAUUUAUUGAAUUGUUUAAAACUUACUCAAUUGGUAAUAAAUUAUAACGAAAAUAAAAACAAUUUUUUCUAAAAUAAAACAAUAAUAAUAAAUUGAAAUAUUUUAAAUAUUGGUAAAUUCUUUAAUAAUGUACUCUAAUAAACUUUAUUUAUUUAAAUUCUUAUGAAACUUUCCAGAUACUUGACAUUCAAGGUGAAAAUUACUUAUAAAUGAAAUAUGCAAAUUACAUAAUCAUCAUCGUAACGAUGAUGAUUAUGUAAUUUGCAUUCAUCAAUAUAUUUCACUUUGAAAAAAGUUGUCAAAAUUCUCCCUUUCUUCCUCAAAAGAUAAUUAUAUAAAUCAUUCUGAAAUCGCUUGAAUUAAUAAUAUAAUAUAAUUUUCUGUUUAUAAUUAGUUUUAACAAAUAAUUUUUUUUUUCUUUUUUAGAAUAAAUUUCAAUUCUGAGACAAAAGACCAACUUCAGAUUGAUAUAUAUAAUUAUCUUUCAUUUCAUUAUC